AAGUAUAUUAUAUAUAUAUAUAUAUAUAUAUAUAUAUAUAUAUAUAUAUAUAUAUACAAGAGGGGCCGAAGAGGAGAUGGGCAAUUGUCUGAAAUCUCCGACCUCGGACGAUAUUUCUUUACUGCACGAAUCCCAGUCUGACAGAGCUAGCUAUGGUGACGGGACGGACCCAGACCAAGAGCCACCGCCGCCAUAUCAGGAGCAGGUGCAGGUGCCGGUGUACCACCCAACGCCAAGCCAAACUCGCCUAGCCACCCAGCUGACCGAGGAGGAGCAGGUGAGGAUCGCACAGAGGAUCGGCCUCAUCCAGCACCUCCCCAAGGGGGUGUACGACGCUGGCAGGGACGGCUCCGAGAAGAAGAUCCGAGAGUGUGUGAUCUGCAUGAUGGACUUUGUGUACGGAGACCCCAUCCGAUUCCUGCCCUGCAUGCACAUCUACCACAUGGACUGUAUAGACGACUGGCUUAUGAGAUCCUUCACCUGCCCUUCCUGCAUGGAGCCUGUGGACGCAGCACUGCUCUCCUCCUACGAGACCAACUGACCCUCCCCUCCCCUCCCCUCCCAGCCCCACAGAGCAGAGCAGGGCAGGGGGGCACAGGGGUGUGCUGCUCGGAUCACUGAGGCCUGCUGGCCAGGGAAACAAGAGAACCAAACAGGAGGAAGACUGUGCCCACAGAGAUGGUGUGUUUCAAAAUCAAGAGAUCCCUGGUGAAAAGGACUCCUGUGCCGGUAUGUUAGAAGACAAAAUGCAAGAGAAUAAAAAUAAUAAAUAAAAAAAAAAAAAAAAAAAGAUAUAAAUAAAAUUAGUAACAGUUGCUAAUGCCUUGACCCCUUCUGGUCUUUUUCCAGUACCGGUGUACAGUAGAAACCUUUGGGAGUCUUUAAUAAUACACUUAUUGCAUAGAUCAAUUUUAGCCCUUCAGGUAAAAAUGUCUAAUUUGAUGCCAAAGCAGGUUUGUGUAUUCACAAACAUUUCAAAUAAACAGUAGACGUCCUAUUUAAUUAUGUGUACACACCUAAACAAGUGAAAAGUAUUUUUUCACGUGCACAAGUUACAUUUCUAAGUACAGUGUGUCCAAACAUGUAGAAUUGCGUUUCUUAUAUAAAGUAUAGUAGUGCUGAUACUAGUUCUCUGAUUUUAUCAUACUCCUUUGAACCCUUAGCUCAAACUGAAUGAUUGCUCUUAUUCAGUGGUACAAGUUGAAGGUUGGAAAGAGGUCUACUCUUUGGACUUUCCAUACCUUGAGGGCUUUGACCCCUGCAAUGACAAGCACACUGGUCAACCCAGUGUAUCUGUGACCUGCUUUCUCGAGCUGGCUAUAAAGCUGCUGUAGAAACUUUGUCCUGAGGGUUGGUGGGCGCAUUCAGCCUUCAAAAAACAACUCUGAAUAAUUCCUGUUUAUUAGAGAUGCAGAAGCUGCUCCUUGUUUCCCUGUCUGUUUUCUAAACAAAUCAGAUGUGCUGGAAACUCUUAAAAAAAAAAAAAAUAAAAUAAAAAAAAACAAACAAACAAACAAAAAACAGCUAAAAGCACA